AUGGUAUUUCAAGCUGGUGCUGGAGAUGAGAUAUCCAACAGCACCUCCAAAGAUCCAUGGAUUUUCUCAUGUCUAGAUCCCGCGAUCCCUCUUGCGCAGACAUCAUAUCGACUAGCACUAGCACUAGUAUCCAUGGGCAGAGACAGCACGAUCAUGAUUCCAUUGGAGACAAGUGGUGACGAAAAAGCCAGACAGACUCUGGGGAUUAGGUUGAGUCGUGACUAUCGUUAUAUCCUGCGACAUGACGACGACUGCGACUAUCGACUAUCGAAUAUCGACCAUCGACUUCUGGACUAUCGAACUCUGGAGUCCUGA